GUGAGAGGUCCACAAGUUUGAAAACAAAAAUUUUUGAAAUGUGUUAGAUAAGUUUCUCUGGAAAGUAAAAAAAGCUUAAGGUGUUCCUACAAGAUGGGAUUAAACUUUUUUGAUGCUAGAGAGUACUCUUUGUUUAUCGUCGAGCCUUUUUUCAUUUGAAAUUAAGUGACUUUAAUUACAAGCAUUGUCCAUUUGAAGAGGAGUGGGGCAAAGUUGAGAAGAUUAGCGAGUUGUUGAGUAUAUUCUAUGAUGUUAAUUUAGUAUUCUUCGGAGUUAAAUUUCCUACAUCAAACCUUAUUUUUUUCUCAAGUUUUCUUCAUUGAGCUCAUUUUAAGGCAAGAGAUGGAGAGUAUAGAUGCUUUCAUGCAAAGAAUAGCAUAGUAGUUGUAUGGAAAGUUUGAAACUUAUUGGUCAGAUCAUAACUUAAUCUUGGCCAUGGCAGUCAUUUUGGAUCCUUAGUACAAAUAUCAGUUUGUGGAGUAUUGUUAUAAGAAAUUGAAUGGAUAUGGUUGUACCGAGAGCAUGCACAUUUGCGAUUGUAUGUUUUCUCUUCUUAAUCAGUAUAUGCUUGCUUCUUCUGAAGCUCCAACUAUUAGCACAUCAACUCAUGGAGACAUAGAGAGGGGUACUUCUUGUGAGACUUCUGAGCCAUAUAGAAAAGCAGAUGUUUUUAAGGUAAUAUAAAUUUUUUUUAUCAAAAUAAAUAUAUUAUAGUUGUAUAUGGUAUUUUUUUAAUAAAUAACUCAUUUCAUUUUUUUUCAAUAAUGUAGGAUUUUGAUACAUUUGAAAGCUUUGAUUUUGCGGCUACUGCAUAGAAGUCUUAAUUGGAAUUAUAUUUGGACGAGCCUAGAGUUGAUACCAAAUUCAAUUUGGAUAUUCUUGAUUUUUGAAAAGUCAAUCAGUUUCAAUAUCCUCAACUUUCUCUUAUGGCACGUGAUAUUCUAACUAUUCCAAUAUUUACAAUCGCCUCUAAAUCUACUUUUAGUAUCGAUGAGUGAGUACUUGAUAAGUAUCGUAGUAGACUUAAACCACAUAUUGCUAAGGCCUUAAUUUACGCUCAAGAUUGGAUGUUUGAAAAAAAAGGUAUAUAUUUCAUUAAUUAUAUUUCUAUUAUUUUUUGAAUGAAUUUAUUAUUAUUGUUGUAAUAUUUCAACGUAGAUGUUUUGGGACCCGAGAUAGAUGAGAUUGUAGAAGAUGUUAUAAACUUAAGUUCCUACAAUGAAGCCCAAUCAACUCAAUGCUCAGCCAAUGUUGAAUCCAAUCUAUGAUGAUGGAAGUGAUAAUUUUUGGUUUGAAGAUGAUCUUUCAAAUGACAUUUUAGAUGAUGGCUCGAGUCAUGCAUCCAUAUUAAACAGAGAAGGGAGGUGCAGGCACAACAAAAACCAUACAAUGGGAUAUCGAGAUAGUAUAACAGCAGGCAAGGAAGCUUCUGCACAAAAGGGUUUUAGUGUUGGCUUUAGGAAAUCUGCAUAUGUUGGUUAUAGAUGGGGCCUUGUCAGGGGCAUUACUUGGUUCCUGAAUUUGGAUGAAUCUGUGCAAGCAAUCUCUGCAAAUGAUGCUCUCAAAAUAAGCUCCAAUAAGUUAGAGAAUAUUUAUAAGGACCUUAUUUCUCUUCUCAAUGAUGCCCCAGAAAUUAAAUUAAGAUACGAAUUGGUUGAAGGACCGUCCCGGAAUGUUCUGGUAUUAUAUGAAUGAACAAAUAGCUUGUAAAUGUAAAUGUUACCCGGAAGUUUCUGUAUUGAA